GUAAAUAAACGGCCUUCCCGCGCAGUUGAAUUUGUGAACGAAGACGUCUCCGUCCGAGCAAAAUCAAACACAAUGGACGAGCUUUAUCUGGAUAAUAUUGACGAAUUCGUCAACGACCACAACAAAAUAGUGACCUAUAAAUGGCUGAGCCUCACUCUCGGAGUCCAUGUCAACACAGCAAAACAAAUGCUCUUCCAUUACCUGGAUCACAAGAGGAAGGAAAGUUCAGCUCAGCUCCACGCCACCUAUCUCGUGUCGGGGAAGUGUGUGGACAAAGGUCUAACGAGUCACAAGGUGUCAAUUGUCAGAGAGGAGCAGUUGGAAGAUGUCAAAGCCAAGAUGAGCUUGAUAGUCAGCGUCCACAUCUACAGCGUCCAGAAAGCUUUACUGAAAGACAGUGGUCCUCUCUACAGCGUUGACUACGACGCUGUGAAAGACAAUCUGAAGAGCUGCAGCAGAUACAGUGCGAUCCGCUGUGCCAGUGCAGUGCCCAUGUCUUCUCUGGAGCUGCAGCAGCGAGGGAAACGCAUCGAGCUCCUUCACCAGAACCUGAAAACAAAAAGCGCCGUGAACGGAAACGGCAGUCUGACAUCCAAACCUUCCGCCAAGCCGCCAAAAGGCAUCAUGGGAAUGUUUGCAAAUAAAUCUACGCCUAAAAAUCAGGACAGCGGCAAAGAGACAAAGUCUGAGCAGAAGGAAGACUCACCAGCGGUUGAUGCCCCCAAAAGCAAACCAGCCGCCAAAGUCAAUCCAAUGAUGAACUUCUUUGGAAAUCAAACAGCAAAGAAACCUGAAAAAACCAUGAAAGAGGAGGAAGCAGCUCCGUCAUCGUCCACAGCAGAGCAGCAACGUCAGAGUCCACAACCAGAGGAAAAACCAGACGCUGCUGCAGCGGAGUCACAUAAAAACACUAAGAAAGACUCCAGGAGCAAAAACAAGCGGAUUGAAGAUUCUGACAGCGAGGAGGAGAAAAUGGAGAAGAAAAAGAGGCGAAGGAUUAAGUUACCUGAACCAGACAGCAGUGAUGAAGAUGUUAUUCCAGAUUCACCGCCACAGAUGGAAACAAGAGAAGCAUCACCAAGUCCUAAAAAAGAGGUGGAGGCUGUUAAACAGUCAUAUCAGAUGAAUUCUGAAGGGAAGAUAAGAAAGAGGAGACGAGUCCUGAAGUCUCGUACCUUCGUGGACGAGGAAGGAUGCAUCGUCACAGAAAAAGGCUACGAGAGUGAAUCUUACUCUGAAACAGAGGAUGAUUUCCAACCCACCAAACAAGCUCCAAGAGAUCCCGUUAAAGCAAAAGCACCAUCAAGCAGCAAAGAGGACGAGAAGAAAAGUCAGAAGAAAUCUUCAGCGAAUGCAAAUAAAGGAACUAAACAAGCUUCCAUUAUGGGAUUUUUCCAAAAGAAAUAACAGAAGACGGCGAUGGACACUGACGAACAUAAAGCACUGCUGCAGACAUGUUGUAAAGACGUUUUACUGCAACUGACUCUCAUCUGAAACACAUCACAUCACUGUAACAAAUAAAACAAAGCAGCUCUUAAAUGGACCUCAACAAUGGGCAUCAACCUAUAUUUUACUGUUUACUGUUACCAGCUGUGAAAGCAUGUCCUACUCAAUCAAUAAACAUUGAAAACUGAAAA